AUGCAGGAUGCUGAUUCAUCGUUUUACACGUUGGCAAGCCAGAGUCAGUUCAGCAGAGAUAUUGACCACUGGAUCAGAGGUGGGUCUAUCCAGACCACGGGUGUGCAGAACAGCAGGGCAAACCUUGUCCAACGUUCUACCCUAACUGCCACAGCCUCCCUGGGCAUCUCCAGCGUGUGGUACGUGCUCGCGAUGAUCCUGCCACUCUUCAGUGUAAACAUCAACUGUAAUCAAUGGAGAUACAACCCCAGCAACGUACUGAACAAGGCGCAGCUCCUCUACGCCCGCAUCUCAGCCGUCUGCCAGAGCAUCAGGAACCAUGUCAGGAGGCUGGCGGAAGAUCAGGUUUGAUACGGAUUUACCAUUAAUGAGACAACAUCAGAGAUAUUGGAACUCUAUGGUCCAUUGGUUAGCGCUUCAGUCUGCGAUGUUUGUCUGCGGCACUUAAGCAACUUUUGCAAGGGUCUGUCAUAGGAAUGGGGUCCAAAAAAAGGGAGGAGCUCAAGUUAAAUACAAUUUUUGAGGCACGUCGAGCCCUUGAUCGCAGCUGCAUGAACAGUUGUCAACACCCACUAAUCCGCUGGGCUUACAUGUAUUCGCGCCUUUUUGAGUUAGUUUAACAUGACACAUGUUUUGACCCUCUCUAGUAUCCUUUCAUUUUCAAAUGGUCAGGGACCUGAUCGCCACCGCCAUGGACGUGAUGCUUCUGGUGUACGCCGUGGGAUUCCUCGUCAUAUCCAUGUACCAAGCCUCAAUGAUCAGUUAACAGCCAGGAUAAAAUGUAAUUACACGACUUGUGCUCGAUAG